UAACGAGAACUAUAAAUCAGUGCACAUUUGACAAUGACAUUUCGGACUCGUAAACGAUUCGAAUUUGAUAUUUGUUCGUGCUAAGGGUACUGUAUAUAGGUGAAUUAUUGGGCGAUAAAAACUCAGUUGUGUACAAGGAAUCGGGACGCGUUAUCGCAAUAACGCAUCCAGUAUUGUCGACCAAUAACAACGCGCCUAUGUGGGGAAGCCUUAAUAAUUUAGGAUCUUGGUUAAAAUGCGCCAAAGAGAAUAUAUUAAAAUUAAAUCUUUGACAUCACUAUGACAAAAUUCUAUCAAAGUUGUCAAUACAUGGUCCGUUAAUACUCCAAUGAAUCGAUGGAAUAUUUUUUUUAAUAGUUUUAGAUUACUCAUAUUUUAUUUACAAAAGUUUUUCAAUACAUCUUGUUAUUAUAAAAUUUUAAUUAUAAAUUACUACAAGAAAAUACUAUUUAUUUCAAUAUUCAUUGUGAUAGGUUAUCUAAUCGUACACAUUUAUUUAUUGGUGUCUUACAACAAAUUGCAAAGAAUAAAAAUAAUAAAAAAUUAUGAUGUAUAUAAUAACGAAACUGAUUACAUUUACCUUAACAGUGAUUUAAGAUUUAUGGCUCUCAAAAAAACUUUAAGUGACAUAGAAAACAUAAGAAUAAAAAUAAAAAAAUUGAAUUCGGACAUGCAAGUUUACAAUCCAACAUUCGUUUCUGUUGACCAAAUAACAAUUGUUAUUGUUAUACAAGUUCACAACCGAAUCGAAUACUUGGCAGAAGUUAUAAAUUCAUUGAUGACUGUACGUGGAAUAACGAGAGCUUUCAUUGUAUUCUCUCAUGAUUAUUAUGACGAAGAUAUUAAUGAGAUGAUACGAAGUAUAGAUUUCACUUCUUCUAUGCAGAUAUUCUAUCCUUACAAUAAACAAAUGCACCCAGGGACGUACCCUGGCGAAGACUCAAAGUACUGUUCAAAAGAUUGGAAAUGUGUAUCUGCAAAAGGCUUAAGAAAUGCCACAUUGGCACAAGUAAAACUACAUUGGUGGUUCAAAAUUAAUUACGUGUUUAACAAUAUAGCAGUUUUAGAGAAUUACAGAGGAUUAGUGAUGUUUCUAGAAGAUGAUCAGUAUUUCACUGAAGACCUUAUUCAUACAGCAAAGUUUCUAGAAGGUAUUAUGGCCUAUGAGUGUCCCGAAUGUUCUAUGUUAAGUGUGGGUGCUGAGCGUCCGCAACUUUAUAAUUACCAUCCGACCGAAAACGUAAUGACUAUAGAAGAAUUUGGCACUACUCCAUACAAUAUGGGCAUAGCUUUCAACAGAUCCACGUGGAAUAUGAUUUGGAUGCAUGGAAAUAAAUUUUGCCAUUUCAAUGAUUACAGUUGGACGUCUUCAAUGAGGUAUUUGAGUAGACAUCUGCCUGAUGGAAAAAUGUACAUGUUUUCUAUUGCUGGUCCUAGGGUGUUCCAUAUAGGCAAAUGUGGUUUGCAAAAUCCAGGGACUAAAUGUGACGUAACACAGAAAUUGGACUUUUUGAAGAAAUUCUUCAAGUUGAUUAAGCAUAGUUUAUUCCCGAAGGGCUAUGUUAUGAGAAACAGCUGGCAUCGGAAAAUGGAUAUUGUUGAGCGUGGUAAUUUCAGUGACGUAAGGGACCAGGAUCUAUGUGCAUAUUUUAGUAGGAAUAUAAAGAGUGCUGUUUAAGUAGAUUCUGUAAUAAAAAGAAAUUUCAUUUAUGAUAAAAAAAAUGUUUUAGUACUGCUCUCGUUAAAUAAAGUUAAAUGCUUGAUACAAAUCGAAUCAUCGUUUAAAAACACAAUUGUACCAAUUUCGUGACGCGGAUGUAACAAUUAUCUCUACUUCGGUUAUCUAGCAAUAUAAGGUCAUCAUACGGCAGCCAUCAUUUCAAAUGUAUCUGCAGUUAUUAUUUCAUAUUUAUGAUAGUAUAAACAGAAUAACAGAACACAUGCCUCAUUAAAAUAGCAUUUCCUAGAUCCAACGUUAAGAUAAAAAAUGACCCGUAUGCUAAAUUUAAACUGAGUAGCUGAAAUAAUUUUAUAGUAUUUAUCAUUAAGACAAUUUUAUUAAAGCAUGAUGAUACCUUUUGAAAUAUUGGAAGCAAAAUACCGACAAGGUUCACUCAAAUCAAAAAUCUUUAUAUGUAUAAAUGGAACAGAAUAAUGUUCCUAACAUUAUUCUGUACACAUAACAGGGAAUUAAUGGACCUUAAGUUUUGUAAGCGCUUGAUAAGGAAUCCGUUAAAGGGUUUUCAUGAUUUGACAAAGCUUUGAUACACAUUUAAAAAAUAAAAGCCAUUUGCUUAACAACUUGAUUGUGGAGUCUACUUAUGGUAUUGGCAAACGCCUGUGGAUUUUAUUACGAAGUUAACGGUGCAGUGGACAACAAGUCAUCCACGGGUCUGGGCAGCAGACCGUUUUCCACGUCCCGUAAGGUAUUUAUUUCGUAGCUGUUUCUAAUAUCUUCAUCA